AUGAUAGAAACAGAAGACAAUAAUUCAGUGGAAAGUGAAAUAACAGUGAAAUUUGUGGAAAAUCGUUUUAUACCCACCAAUGAUGAAAGUAAAGUUUCUUUACAAGAAUCGAAUUCACCAGGAUCAAUUGCUCAGACUAAUAAAAGUACAGUCAAAGAAAAUCGCCGGGAGAUAGUAAAGAAAAUUCUAAGUUAUAACCUGUCUAAAGAUUUAACAAAGUAUCUUCGCUCUUAUGAAAAGUACCCGGUUGAUGAAGUUGCAAAAUGCUAUUGGAAAACUCCAACCGACAAUGAACUGAUCGACUACUAUUAUGAAAAUGAUUAUAUGUGGAGCGAUGAUGAAACCAACAAUAGUUUUACUGAAAGUAGCAUUAAUCUUAUAGACGAUUCUCCUAUAGAACAAUGA